AUGCUGCCAUUUAGCUCAGUGGAAUUGACUGAAAUCUCUGUGGAUGAUCUUGAAUUAAAAUGGGAAUGUUUGGAGCAGUUCCGGUUGGGUCGUGGCGGAUUUGCCGAUGUUUUUCAUGUAUUUUACAAGGGUUAUGAUGCAGUAUUGAAAAAACCCAGAAAAGACUACGACGUAAGAGAAAGAGUAGAAACACUUCGUGAAGCUAGAAUAAUAGCAGCUUUGUCGAAUUGUGAAAACGUUGUUCGACUAUAUGGAAUCUGCGAAUUCUUUCCGUUUUGUGGAAUGAUAAUGGAAUACUGUGCGGGUCCGAAUCUCUCAGACCUCGUCUUCAAAUUAUUUGAAUCUGAAGUGAAAUUGGAAACGAUUCGAAUAUUCAAAUGGUGUCAUGCUCUAACUAAAACCCUUUGCGAACUAAAUACAACUCAUUAUCAUGGAGAUGUAAAGGCUCUGAAUGUGUUGGUAAAAGAGCGUCCAUGCUGUUGUCAAGAUGGAAAAUAUGAGGAUGUACUCGUAAGUGAUAGGACAUACAAACUAUGCGUUGACUGUAAAGGUGUACAUUUGGAAUAUCUUUCUUUGAAGUUAUGCGAUUUUGGAAUGGCUGGAGAGCACGGAACUAGGAGGAGAUUUCCUGGAACACCAGAAUUCUCAGCGCCGGAAACCGAAAUGAAAGGAGAAUAUACAGAAAAAUCGGAAGUUUAUUCAUUUGGACAUUUGAUGCUUCAACUAGUCAUAGGGAUGCCAACGGAUCAGUGUGCACCGGGACAAAGACGAUUUUUGGAAUUGUAUAACAACAAAAAGUAUGAUUUGUCGCGAAUUCAGUCUAAUUCUAUCUGUGAGACUAUAACUUGGUGCUUGGAUAAGGUACCAGAAAACCGACCAAAAUUCACGGAACUUCUCGAUAAACUGAAUAACCGUUUUGAUCAUUACACAUCACUGCGGGACAAUCGAGAUGCAGCAGCUAACAAGGAAAGAGAGGAAUUUUUGGAUCAUUAUAAACUUUCUAGAAAGAUUACAAUGGCUCAACGAACAAUCACAACUUCUACUUUUUUGUCAAUUUCAACAGAUGAUGAGUCGAAUUCACAAUCGGAUAUUCCAGCCAUGUUUCAUGGUGGACCAUUGGAUAAUGAUGUUUUCGAAGAAAGUCCUCUUCCCUCUCCAACAACUUCUCGAAAAUUUGGAGAAGGCUUCGAAUUGACAAGGAACUUUGUGGAGAAUUCAAUUUACAUGGGAGACGAAAGUAGCCGAACUUUCAUUCUGCCACCAAAACGACGGAGAACGAAUUUCAUGCUAAAGUAUUUAGUACAAGCAAAGGAUUUAAUCAGUUCAAAGAAAAUUCUGUCCCAAGACCUAGAAACAUAUUCCAUUGGACCGUAUGUUGAACUACAAGAAUUAUUUGGAAUUGUAUGUGAAAACUCUAAAUGGGUCAUUACAAAAGAUCCAUUUGGAUUUUCGUAUAUGAAAAAAGGAACAGGAGAAGAAAUACAAAUCCCAGGAGAGGAAAUGACAUCGAAGACCUACAAGACAUUUGUGAAGAAGUUUUAUUGCGAUGGAUAA